ACGGCGGUGUUUCCAAGCCGAUUUCUGUGGAUUUUUUUUUUUUUAUCUCGAGCAGUUUCUUCCAUUCCUGAUGAGGAAUGAAUUUUCCAUCUGGCCUUUUUAUUUUUUUGCAAUUUUUCUAUGUUUCAUCAAGAAAUUAUUUAUUCCAACUCUUGAGUCAAAUUCUACGGGUUGAUAGAUCUACAAUUUGUUUGAAACUAAAUCAAAGAAAAAAUUUAUGUCAUGUAAAAUAAAAUGAUCACAUUCAAAUAUUUCUAAAUAAACUCAUAAUUUUGAAUUCAAUUUCGGAGCACGUUUAUCAUUGAAAUUCACGUGAUCUGUUUGAUUUACGCGGGAAAUUUAAUAUAACUUUACUUUUCACGAUGUAAAUCUCUAACCGUAGUAAAAGUAUUUAUACCAUGUAAGACAAAAAGGUAUUCUCAAACUCUCAAGUUCAUCUCGUAUAUUCUUCGUGUUUUUAGUUGUCAUUUCCAAUAUCGAUAUCUUAUUUCAUUGAAUCUACUGAUAAAAACACGACAAUGCAUUACAAAUUUCAUAAGAUCGUUACCAUCGAGAUAAACUGCAAAAAAAAGUGAUAUAAAUUACAAAUAUCUCGGAUCAAUCAAGAUUCGACACAAGCAUGAGAAAGACGGGUUAUCGUUACGUUGGUUUGAUCAAGUGGUUAUGCAUUCGAAUCUCUCCAAGACCCUCCAAUAUUAACAAAAAGGUAUAGUGCACAUUUGUAAACUUCAAGUUCGUGAGUAUGAUGAUUUAUGAUUGUGUCGUCUCAUCUCGUGUGGAAUGAAAGUCAUCAAAGACCAAUCUGAGAUUCGAAGAAAGCAACCGAAUACCAUCCUUCAUUAUACUGAUUUUGCCAAGUGUUCAAAUCUCCACGAUUUCCAAUAUUAACACAAGAUAUAUUGUAUAAUUUCAAACGAAUAGAUACAACAAUGAUUGUGUGGUCUCAUCAUAAUAUUGAAAUAGUUGGCCCAAUCCCAUGGAGACAUAACUUGAACGUAUCAACAAAAGACUUCCCAUCCCAUACAUGUUACACCUUACAAGACAAGUAACAUACAUGCACCUUACCAUAGUAGUACUACCCCCUUACAACAACAAAGCAAGGAGGAACUGUCACAUCAAUAACUAGCCUUUUAAUCCGUUGAUUAGGGGUGGCAGUUCGGUUACCGGUACUGGUUAACUGGCCGGUUAAACUGAUAACCAGUCGGUUAUUCACUAACCGGUAACCGAACUUCGGUCGGUUAUCGGAGGCUAGACGAAAUGGUUUUUGGUCUUAAAAGUUUGUCGGUUAACUGAUAACCGAAAAACCAAAGCCUAUUUCGGACGAUUUUCGAUAGGGGGGAGUGGUUAUUUCGGUUGACCGAUAACUGGCCGAUCGAUUAUCGGUUAUAACCGGAAUAACCGAAAUGCCACCCUACCGUUCAUAUAAUUCAGCCGCGCGGCAUCAUAUUUAUCUUGUUCGACUUUUAUUCAUACUUAUACUAAUGCAAAAUCCAAAUAAUAACUUUCCUCUAAAAUUAUUCUCAAAUAUUUUGCUACUCGUCACAAUUAUAUCAACACAAGUGGCCAUUAUUUCUGUGUAAUUCCCACAUGCUUUGCUGUUCCAUCAAAACUAUUAUAUCUAUAUUCCCCACACGCAAUAAUUUCCCCCAAAGCUUUCUUCACGUAUAUAUACAUAACAUCACCAUCCCCUGAAUUUCCCAUUCCCCAUCACCAAACGCAUCAGGAAGAAAAAAAAUGUCAUCAACGUUAAGACCAAGACCCACUUCCUCCGCCAAGCAACGGCAGCAACCCGCCACCGCCGUCGUCCCACCGCCGCCGCCGGCACCGCAGCAAAGCCUUUCCCAAAGAGCCAUCUCCCAGACCCUAACCACAACCGCCAACCUGGCCAACCUCCUCCCCACAGGAACCCUCCUAGCAUUCCAGCUCCUGACUCCGAUCUUCACCAACGGCGGCUCCUGCGACGCCGCCACGCGUCCCCUGACCCUCCUCCUCCUCGCCCUCCUCGCCGCCUCCUGCCUCCUCGCCUCCUUCACCGACUCCGUCGCCGUCGAGGAGGCUGCAGGGGAGGAGAAGAAGAAGAAGAAGGUGUACUACGGUUUCGCCACGUGGAAGGGGAUGUUCCUCUUCGACUGCCCCGACCCGGCGGGCUGCGGUCUGACCGAGGAGGCGCUGGGUCGGUACAGGAUCCGGUUCGUGGACUGGGUCCACGCGGUUCUGUCCGGUUUGGUUUUCGUAUCGGUGGCGAUGCGGGACAGGAACGUGGUCAGCUGUUUCUACCCGGUUCCGGGGAAUGAGGUGAAGGCGGUUCUGGGUACUGUUCCGGUUGGGAUCGGGGUGAUGUGUAGCUUGUUGUUCGUCGUUUUCCCCACGCGGCGGCAUGGGAUUGGCUACCCUGUUACCCCUGCCGCCGCCGCGGUGGCGGAGGAUACCAAAUGAGAAUGGGUGACCUUCACAUGUGGCUUCGUUUAUUGGCUGGCUGGCUGGCUGCGUUUAUAAUGAAGGAUUAGUUGUUUAAUCCGAUUUGCCUGGUUAAUUAAAUUGGUUUUUGUAAUUAAUUGUGAGAUGGUGGAAGGGUUUGCUGGCACAUAUAAAUAAUAUACUCGAUUUUUUCUACAUAUGACUUCUUCAUCAUGUGUUCUCUACCUACUGCGUAGUGUACAAUUCCUCUUCUCUCCGCGAUUAAUCUGGACUACUUACUUGUUGAUUAAACCAAGUCUUUUGUUUGAUAGACUUUUGAGUUUUAAGUUUGGCGAAGUUAGGUGGUGGGCGGUUGGGGUGACUUUGGAGGACUACUAUUGUUAUAUGAUGAUUGGUGAUCAACUUGCAACGAAGGUGGAUUUGGUAAUUACGCAGGGAAGUUGCUUGUUUUGCUACUUGCUACAAAAAGUCAAAAGAAGGUGAGGCCUAACUUAUUCAAAAGAGUUUUGGUUUUGAUCUUUUAACUUUGUGUUUCGAAGCAACUAUAUUGCAUUAGUGAUGAACCUAGUUGGUGUACUUAGCAAGUUGUAGCUAAGUCCAAUAACUUAAUGUCUGAUGUAAACCUUCCCCAACAUUCCUCGACUUUGUCCGAGUGGUGGAGCAUAUGAACCCAUAUUACAUGCAAGCGUUGAUAAGUAGUGAUCUGUUUUCAACGUUGAUAUAGUCGUGACCUGUGUAGUUUGUGUUGGUGUUGAAAGAAUUGCUUGUGUUGAAUAUAUAACACAUCUAGGGGCGACAACUUCUAAUCAUGAGAUAUUUUCAUUGUUCGUUCCUAACAAGCAAGUCAACUUUUUUUUUAUCAAUAUUUAUAGGUUGCAGUGGUAAUACUCGAUUAUGUAAAAUUGUCUAUUCUUCGUCUUCCAAAAAGAAUAUGAUACCAACAUUAAGAUUAUUGAUAGUUUUUAUGGUCAUAUAACAUGUUUACUUUUGUAUGGAUUUUAUAGAAUAUGUAUCCUAAGCUAACUAACAUGGUUAUCAAAACCAUCCACUCGAUGGUUCCUUCGAACAUAAAUCCUUGAGAAGUCCGGGUUAGAUCAGGUCCUUAAGACCUCUUUUUUAUGGAAGAUCUUAAACCCCUUUCAACCAAUAGGAGAAGGAGAGAGAAAAUGAUUAGUAAUCAUUAGGUAACUACCUACCUAAUAUGUUAAAGGGUAAGAGAGAAAUAUACAAAAUAUUUAAUGAUAUUAUUAAUUAAAAUGAAAAUGGCGAAAAUUAUUUUCGAGAAAAAAAAACAAUUCUCCUCCCAACCCUAAAACUUCCCACCACCGUCAUCCUCCUGGCCGAUCUUCAACGGAACCGCUCCAUCGUCCGGCCACGACUCCCUCUUUCGUAGUCCGGCCGUGACUCCCCCGUUUGUAGUCCAUCCUCUCCGCCACAACUGCUGUCAAUUCCUCCGGCACCCCAACUACUUUUGUGGUCCACUGCCAUCCAGUUUCCCGACGAAUCCUUUAUUCUGGUUGCGCCAAGAACGACGUCUUUUGGUUGACCAUUCGCGCAAACAUGGAACGUGCAGUUCCAUUUGAGUUUGGUGUGAAAGCUUUUUUUAUGUUAUUUAGGUUGUAUAUAUUGUUGAAAGGUUGAUUGUUCUCGUUGGCAUUGCUUCUCAUUGAUAUUGUUUUUAUGUUAAUAGCGUAAAUAGAAAUGUUGAUAAGAGAUGGAAAAAAGUUAAUAUGUCCUGGUGAUGUCGUUGUACUAGUUAAUAUUUUCAAUAAUAUUAUUAAUAAUUGUCUCGUGGCCGUUUAGUAGGGUAAUAAGAUAUUUUAAUAACGAUGUUAAUAUUAUUAAAAAAUGUAACUUGAGUGUGUUAAAACAUUGAUGGAUAAUUUUGGUUAAUAAUGAUUUUAAUAAUGUUGUUUGGAAAUGUUAAUAAGGGAUGGCAAAAUUGAUUUUUACUGGUGAGUGUUAUCAUAGCGAUGACGUUACCGAUUAAUAAUUGCAAUAAUACAAUUGAUAAUAG